CCUGCUAACACCUGCUAACACCUGCUAACACCUGCUAACACCUGCUAACACCUGCUAACACCUGCUAACACCUGCUAACACCUGCUAACACCUGCUAACAUCUACUGGUAGUUGAUAACCUAAAUUGUUCAGAAGACCUUGAAACACACAAGAGAUAUUCACCACCUUGUCCUAUAUUCUAAAAAAUUUUGUGACAACAAGUUAUUAAAGCGUGACAGAGAAAGAUCACUGAGAUGUGAUACAAAUGAAUGAUGAGUGAUGAAACAUCUGGGAAUCAAACCAUGGUCACUAUCACAUAGCUGACAAUGGUCUGACAGAGAAGGUGAAGACGCUGGUGAACCAGUGAGCUGCUCGUGUGUCGACAUAUUUUUGGACACAUGGUUCGUGACGUGUUGAGGUUGUUAACGGGGAAGUGAAGCUGCAGCUCAGUCGUCCUCGAGAAGACAUGAAGUCUGUGUCUCUGCUGCUGGGGCUGUCUGUGCUGCUGCUGUCUGGACUGACAGUUUCUGCAGUCUCUCUGAGUGUCAGUCCAAACCUCCAGCAGUUCUUCAGUAAAGACUCAGUGUCUCUGAGUUGUGUUGAAGGAGGACAGACAGGUGGACAGAUAAUGAAGAGGACAGCAGGAGGACAGACAGGUGGAUGUGGACAGAACUUUGAGACGAUGAAUGGUUCGUCCUGCAGCUUCCCACAUUUAUCUUGUUCAGACUCCGGAGUUUACUGGUGUGAAACCAGCGAUGGACAAAAGAGUCAACAGGUCAACAUCAGUGUCCGAGAUGAUCCAGUUAUCCUGCAGAUCCCUGCACUUCCUGUGCACACAGGAAGUGAUGUCACACUUCGCUGUAAAAGCAAAAACGGGUACUGUGAGACAGCGUAUUUCUUCAGGGACAAGGUCUACCUCUCCUCCGAACUAGAGGAAAAGUGGAUCGUCAGAGACGUGAGACGGACGGACGAAGGGAAUUACUCAUGUUCUACUGAAACAUAUGAAUCUCCUCACAGCUGGCUCAGGGUCGCAGCUCCACCCCCUCCUCCCUCCUCUGUGUUCAGACUCUUCUGCCUCCUGGUGGUCGUCUGUCUGUUCUGCAUCUGCUCCGUCAUCAUGAUGUCAAGGUGCUGCAGCAGGAUGACGGAAAACAAAUCAGCCGUUUCCAUGGAGAUGACCCCGUGUGUUGAAGAGUAUGAUUACAUCACUGCUGAUGUCAUCACUCACCAUGAUGUCUGAGCGGAAUGCAUCGCUAUAGAGCUACUAUUAGCAUCACCAGCUGUUUGCUAACGUUAUCAUCACAUGCUGUUUUAUUAAUGAGUUAUGUUUUUUUAUUUCUGACAUUUUUCUUCGUGGUUUCCUUUCUUCUUCUUUGUCGUCGACUGGACACUCUCUCUCCCUGAGGUACAGACUGGUACUGCAAGAUGAGCCAGGCCAAGGCUUGCUGCUCAGCGUGCUUCAGUAGAUGUGUUCAAUCAAUAUUAAUAUUAUAUCAAUAUUUAAACUAAAGAACUCUUUAACAGAAGAAACAGGAAAGACGUCCUGUUUCUUCUGGAACUUUCUGUUUUUGUUUUUCAGUUUGAACAUGUGACGCUUCAGCUGCUUCCAACAAUAAAAGAUGCAAAUAUACAAACAUUUAAAAA